AUGGCAAAAUUCCCUAGAUUAUAUCAGAUUUCACGUCAACAAAACCAAUUGAUAAACCAGGUGGGGUGUGUCACAAAUCAGGGCUGGGAAUGGAAGUUCAAUUGGAGGAGACCCCUUUUUGAUUCUGAAGUUGAAAUGGCAGACACUUUUCUGGGGGAGAUCCCACAGCAACUGUUGGAAUUUCACAAGGAGGAUACAUGGAUUUGGAAAUUUGACUCAAGUGGUUACUACUCAACAAGCAGUGGGUAUAAACUGAUAUGGGGAGAAAUAAUGGGGGCUCAUCAGAAUUCAGAAUUUUCGGAGCUAUGGAAACUCAAAAUCCCAGCCAAGGCGGCAGUGUUUGCAUGGAGACUAAUCAGAAAUAGGUUGCCAACUAAGAAAAACCUCAGCAGGAGGCAGGUGCAGGUAAAUGACAUCCUCUGUCCUUUUUGCAGAAACAAAGAGGAAGAUGCUGCUCAUUUAUUCUUCACCUGCAACAGCAUUCUCCCACUAUGGUGGGAGUCAAUGUCAUGGGUUAACUUGUCAUCAGCAAUGCCACAGCAUCUCAGGGAUCAUUACCUUCAACAUGGUCACAAUGCUGCUGAAGGGAAAAAGUCCACAAGAUGGAAAUGUUGGUGGAUUGCCUUGACAUUCACUAUAUGGAAGCACAGAAACAAAAUUGUCUUCCAAAGUGCCAUUUUCGAUGGAAGCAAGUUGUUGGAUGAAGCGGUAUAG